AUGCCUUCCGCCUUGGACUCAUUCACAUCGCAGCUGCAGCAUGUGGCCACGCAGCCCAACAAUGCGCGCUUGGCCGCCUAUGACUCUCUCAUCUCGGACUUGCUGCAGCAGUCCUCGAGCAAGCUCAACCGCAUGGAUCUGCUGAAAGCGAGCUCGGCAUUCCUGCGUCACGCGGUCUUUAGCGACCAGAACUCGACAGGCGGUGGUCUCGUCAUCGGCAGGCAAGCACUCACUGCGCUAGAGUACCAUGCAAGCCGGAUAGCCGAAGAGCACGAGCUGCAGCGACGUGACAAAGACCGAAUGCAGGAUGACGACGACGACAGCACACCAGCCAUCGCAGACAGAGACACGCGACGACAGCUGCUUGAAGACGCCUUGGAGCAAUUGCAACCCAAGGCGAUCAGCUUCGAAGAGCAAGCGUCGAGCCUACGGAUGCAAUUGGCCAGCCUGCUCGAGUCCGAAGAAGACUGGAACGAAGCGGCUCGGGUCCUGUUGGCAAUACCUCUCGACUCGGGACAUCGCAAUGUCUCGGAUCACUUCAAGCUUUCGAUCUACGUCCGCAUCGCUCGCCUGUUGCUCGAGGGAGACGAUCCAGUGGCAGCAGACAUGUAUCUGAAGCGCGCCAGCAUGAUCAUUCACAACGUACCAGGUGCGCUUCCCUCGCAGUACCAACAGCAGCAGCAGCAGCAAGAACAAGAACAAGCCGCAGCAUCUUCAGCUGCCGGUUCAGACGAUGUCGCGGAGGCUUCGUCAGCUUCUGUCGCCAGCAGCUCCAAGCAGAAGCUCGAAGAUCCCAAAGUGCUGGGUCUACAGUACCGCCUUUCUCAAGCGCGCGUAUAUGACUCGCAACGACGAUUCUCCGAGGCAGCUAUCCGAUAUCACGAGCUGAGUUACGUGGCAGAGAUUGACGAGGACGACCGUGCCAUGAUGCUGUCGGCUGCCGUCACUGCUUCCAUUCUCUCACCCGCGGGACCACAACGAGCACGGACAUUGGCAACGCUGAUGCGUGACGAGCGCACGCCAUCCUUGCCUCAAUACACAAUCCUGUCCAAGGUCUUCCUGGACCGCGUCAUCCGUCCGGACGAGAUCGCGAGCUUCGAAAAGCUCUUGUCACCGCAUCAGAUCGCUAGGCUUGCGCCGUCAUCUGCGCCAGGCCCAGCCAGCUCGUCGAGCGCAACGGCCGACGGCAAAGCCAUGCGACACGCACCAUCGACGGUCCUGGAUCGAGCGAUGAUCGAGCACAACGUUCUGAGCGCGUCGAGGCUGUACGACAAUAUCACGCUUGCAGGGCUCGGUGCACUCGUGGACCUGAGUCCAGAGGGAGCGGAAGACAUUGCUCGCAAGAUGAUCAUGCAGGGCAGACUCAAGGGGUGGAUUGACCAGGUGGGCAGCCUCAGCACGACACAGACGGGAUCGCAGGGAAGUGGCGUGCUGUUCUUCAUCGACCAAGAUCGACGCGGCGAAGGCGAGACAACGGCAGGAGGAUUGGAGGCCACCAAGAUGGAGAACAGCGGAGGCGAUGGCAGCGGUGGAGGCGCAGGCGGUGUAGGUGAGGAGGGCGCCGGCGCCGGAGCAAGUUCUGGGGACAUCGAUACCAAAUGGACCCGAAGAUGGGACCAACAGAUUGCUCAAGUCACCGGUGCAUUGGAGGAUGUCUGCCAGAGGAUCAACAGAGUCUCUGCAACGACGAGCAUCGCCGCGUAA